CUUGGUUAUCAAUUCUUAUUUUCAAAUGAUCAAAGUCGUUCAUGAAACUUCUGCAAUCAUCAGUCGGUAAAACCAGAGGAAGGUAUCAUCGGAUAUCUAACGGCUAAGAGUGAAGCAUAACAGCUUUUGCAUUUUCCUUCUCACGUUGUGAAUUCUGUGAAUUCAAGAAAUUCAAUCCAUGGCGACCCCUAAGUUAAGCCGAGUACCAAGCAUGAGAGAUCGCGUGGAGGAUACGCUCUCCGCUCACCGUAACGAGCUGGUUUCUCUUCUCUCCAGGUAUGUAGCUCAGGGUAAAGGACUACUGCAACCUCAUACUUUGAUAGAUGAGUUCGAGAAUAUCAUCGCCGAGGAUGAAACGAAGAAAAAGCUCGCCGAUGGUCCUUUCAGCGAAGUCCUUAAAUCCGCAAUGGAAGCCAUAGUCUUGCCUCCAUUUGUGGCUAUAGCGGUUCGUCCAAGACCUGGUGUUUGGGAAUAUGUUCGCGUUAACGUCCAUGAACUUAAUGUGGAGCAGUUGACUGUUUCUGAAUAUCUUCACUUUAAAGAGGAGCUUGUAAAUGGACAGGGUGAUGAACACUUUGUGCUUGAACUUGACUUUGAGCCAUUCAACACAACAGUCCCUCGGCCUAGCCGAUCUUCAUGGAUUGGGAAUGGUGUUCAAUUCCUGAACCGUCACCUGUCCUCGAGCAUGUUCCGUAACAGGGAUUCCUUGGAACCAUUACUUGAUUUCCUUCGAGCCCAUAGAUAUAAAGGGCAUGCAUUGAUGUUGAAUGAUAGGAUUCAAACCAUUAUUCAGCUUCAGUCAGCUCUUGCUAAGGCAGAAGAUCAUCUUUCAAAGCUUCCACCAGAUACACCUUAUUCCGAGUUUGAAUAUUUUGUCCAAGGAAUGGGUUUUGAGAAAGGUUGGGGGGACACAGCAAGUUAG